UCUCUAUAUAUAGAUACAUUAAUACUACAUUGUGUUGAUUCUGUAUACUCUGUAUCUUGUGUAUUGUAGUUUUAAGUGUAGUGAUUUAUAAAAUGGAUCCUCCGAUAAUCAAUGAGGCGUCAUUUUCGGCGGCGAAUCCGGCGGCGUACAGCCUGGCGGAGAUUUGGCCGUUCACGGCGGCGGGGAACGGCGGCGGCCACGUCGGAGGUGGGUUGGGCCUGAGGAUGUGCUCGUUUCCUGGACUUGCGGAGGCCGCCGCCAACUCCGUCGACGAAUCGACGGUGACGGAGCAGAGCGGCAGCCGCGGUAAUGUCGCCGGCGAGAGGAAGAGGAGAGGCGUUAACUCCGGCGACGAGUCUUCCAAGGUUGUCUCCGCUAAUGAUUUGAAUGAGUGUAGUGAUAAGAGGAUGAAAGCAUCAGAAUCCAAAGACGAAAAUGGCGGGGCGAAGGUGGAAGCAGAGUCGAGUUCUCGAACAGUUAGCAAGCCGGCUGAGCAUAGCAAUAAGCCCGAGCCGCCUAAAGAUUACAUCCAUGUUAGGGCGAGAAGGGGGCAAGCUACUGAUAGUCAUAGUUUAGCAGAAAGAGCUCGGAGGGAAAAGAUUAGCGAGAGGAUGAAAAUUCUGCAAGACUUGGUUCCCGGAUGCAAUAAGGUUAUCGGAAAAGCCCUUGUUCUUGAUGAAAUCAUCAAUUAUAUCCAGUCACUACAGUGUCAAGUUGAAUUCUUGUCGAUGAAACUUGAAGCGGUCAAUUCAAGGAUGAACCCGACUUUAGAAGCGUUUUCUCAGAAAGAUCUUGCGCCAGAAGGAUUUGACGCCCCGAGAAUGCUUUUAAAUACGCAACCACCGAGGGAGUAUACACAAGAAACGCAGCACCCCGAGUGGCUCCAUAUGCAGGUUGGUAGCAGCUUCGAGAGAGCGACAUAACAACAGGUACCCGAUGAAGCAGAGAGUGGCUCGAGCGUUCUAGUCUCCCGAUUUGUGUAUCCAGAAUUACAUGCCUAGUAGAAGUUGAACUUAUUUUUAUUUGUUGUAUGUAUUAGUGUAUGUACUGAAUUGAGUUGUGCUGUGUUGUAUUGUUAUUUAAGCCAGUCUUGACUUAAUGCAGCAGUUUGAUGUAGUUGUAGGGAUUAUUGUACUUGUUCCACAAAUAUAGAACAUCAAUAACAUCUUUAUCCUUUCUAUUA